AUGUUAAAUAAUAUUUUGUUGUAAAACAGAGAAAAAGAAGAGAACUAAACUUAAAGAAAUUCAGAGUCUUCCAAUUCCCAGAAUUCAACUUCAAUUUAGACAACUAAUUUAUAAUAGACUUCAAGUCUUAAUUUAAUUAAUUAAGAUGCUGGCCCUCGUCAUACUUUUUCUCAGUUAGAUUAAAUUUAUUAACCCUUGUUACAACAUAAUUAAUAAUUAUCUAGUCUGAAUGAUUUACAAAAAUAGAGAUUUCUUAUUUAAAUAACAGGUGUUUGGAUGUUUUAGGAGGCUAUAUAAAUAAUUAUGUCUGUCAUAACUAUUUUAGAUUUUAACUAUGAUAAUUUGUUUUAUAAUUUUGACUAGGAAAAAUAUAGAGCACCAUUAUAUUUAUUUUUUCUGAUAUCUACUUCAUAAUUAUUGUUAAUCAGAUUCUAUAAACCAUUUAGAUGUGUACAUAUUAAAUAUAAUAAAAAAGAAACACUAUGCUUUUUUCAUAUUCUUGAUUUUCACAAUAUCAUAUGCUUUAUGGAUUAGUGGUCUCAUAACUGCAGAUCAUUCAGAUAUUUGGAAUAUAGAAAACUCUGUCUAGAUCGGUUUUGCCAUUUUUAUAGGUAUUAUAUGUAAUUUUUUGACUUUAAUUACUAUCUAAUUUCAUUUUUCCUUAACCGAUAAACAGAUAACAUUUUUGAGUAAUAUAAUAUAAUAUUCUUAGGAACAAUUAAAUAUGUUGUUAUUCCACCAUUUAUUUAUGCAUUUAUAUUUUAAAUAUUCAAUCCUUUUGAUUAUACUGCAGUACUCAUUUUAUGGAUGUCUACAGAAUUAUGGGCAUUAACAUUUGGAGGUUUAUAUUUGUACAGUAUAUUAUAAAUAAUAAAUGGUAAAGUAAAUAAAUAUCAAUUAUUUUUAGUUUAAUCUAAAUUAAGAUUAAACAAUCUCUGCAGCACUAUUGGCAUUUAUCAAUAUGUUUUUUCCAUUUGGACAUUUUUGA